UUCUUCUUGCCUUUAUUACCCCUUUUCUUGAUUUAUUCCCUCUUCCACUUCUCUCUCUCCUUGUUCACUAAAAUUUCUAACUUUUUUCUCUUUUCCAUUCUGUUCUUGAUAGUAGUGGAAUUACUCUAUGCACUUCUUGUAUUGUUUGAAACUACUUUUGAGCUGUAAACAAGAAUCUUUUUCAUUGCUGCCUCAGAUUUUCUUUAUUUUUUGAGCUUACAGCUCAUUUUAGUUGUAGAACAAUAGUUCAUACUCUUUAGUUUAGUUAAUAGAAAAGGAAGGACUGAACUGUUUCUUGAUUUUGAAGAAAUGGGGUUGUUUUCAUUUUCAAGAUUAUUAUUUGGGGUGUUAUUUGUUGUAGUGUUGUUAUUGUUUUCACCAGUAGUGAGUGGGAUAGGUGCAAACUGGGGAACUCAGUCAACACAUAGGUUGCCACCUGAAAUAGUGGUGAGGUUGCUUAAAGAUAAUGGGAUCCAAAAGGUUAAACUAUUUGAUGCUGAUUAUGACACACUUAAAGCUUUGGGUAAAUCUGGUCUUGAAGUUAUGGUUGGUAUUCCUAAUGACAUGCUUUCUACUUUGGGUAGCUUGAAAGCUGCUGAGAAAUGGGUUUCUAAAAAUGUUUCUGUCCACAUCUCUAACAACAAAGUCAACAUCAGGUAUGUUGCAGUUGGAAAUGAACCUUAUUUGACAACCUACAACGGAACUUACCUUAAAACAACUCUUCCUGCUAUGCAAAAUAUCCAAACUGCACUCGUAAAAGCUGGCUUCGGUAAUCAAGUAAAGGUUACUUGUCCCCUCAAUGCAGAUGUUUAUGAGAGCGCAAAUAGCUUGCCAUCAGGUGGUGAUUUUCGAGCUGAUAUCCAUGGCUAUGUGAGCCAACUUGUCAAGUUCUUAAGUGACAAUGGUUGUCCUUUUACUAUCAAUAUCUAUCCAUUCAUAAGUCUUUAUAUUGACUCCGACUUCCCAGUUGAAUAUGCUUUCUUUGAUGGAAAUGCAACACCUCUAAAUGAUGGUGGGACAAUGUACACCAACAUGUUUGAUGCAAAUCACGACACUCUUGUGUGGGCUUUACAGAAGAACGGGUUUGGGAAUGUCCCUAUAAUUAUUGGAGAAAUUGGUUGGCCCACUGAUGGUGACCGCAAUGCUAAUGCACAACUCGCACAGCGAUUCAACCAAGGAUUCAUGCAGCAUAUAUCAGCAGGAAAAGGCACCCCUAUGAGGCCUGGGCCUGUUGAUGCCUAUCUGUUUAGUUUAAUUGACGAAGAUGCUAAGAGUGUUCGACCUGGAAAUUUUGAACGUCACUGGGGAAUACUUACGUAUGACGGACUACCCAAGUACAUCCUGAAUCUUGGGACCACCAAUUCUGGGUCCUUAGUUCCAGCUAGAAAUGUGAAGUAUUUGGAGAGGAAAUGGUGUGUGCUUAAGCCCAAUGCUAAGGUUGAUGAUCCCCAGAUUGCACCUAGCAUGAGCUAUGCUUGUGGACUUGCUGACUGCACGAGCCUCGGGUAUCAGACAUCUUGUGGAGGUUUGGAUUCACGAGGAAAUAUUUCAUAUGCAUUCAACAGCUACUACCAGAUAAACAAUCAGCUUGAUGAUGCUUGCAAGUUCCAAGGCCUCGGGACUGUCACUAAGUCAGAUCCAUCAACUGGUACUUGUAGGUUCGGGCUCAUGAUACAACCAUACUAUGGAGGUGCAGAACGAAAACAUGGCUAUACUAGAACAGCAUUGGCUCUGAUUCUGUUUCUGUGGACAAUUCUGUAACAAGUUCUCUUUUCGGGCUAUUUAGUUUGCGUUACAAAUUAUUAUUAGACCCUGCUGUGUAGCAUCACCAAAAUUAACAUUUUUUCUUCCAGUUGACAGCAAACAUUGAUAUUCAUUCAAAACUUCCAAUGAUGAAGUUAAUGUUUGCGUCUGAUUUUGAACAUGAUGAGUUACAUGCAGGGGUGAACACAUGAUGAUUUAGCAGGUACUAUGUGUCGGUAAUUUGACAUGCUGCUAAGAUCUGAUAUAUGAAUUAUGUCUAUGUUUUCUGGAA